CAAUGUUCUAAUUGAAAUUGCGUGCUUGGUCCAGCGGCAGAUAUUAAAUGGCAGACGCCGAGGAUAUUCAGCCACUCGUCUGUGAUAAUGGGACGGGCAUGGUCAAGGCCGGAUUCGCUGGAGAUGAUGCUCCAAGGGCAGUGUUCCCUAGCAUCGUCGGUCGUCCACGUCACACGGGCGUAAUGGUUGGGAUGGGCCAGAAAGAUGCAUAUGUGGGAGAUGAAGCUCAGUCCAAGCGUGGUAUAUUGACUCUGAAAUACCCCAUUGAACAUGGUAUUGUGAGUAACUGGGACGACAUGGAGAAGAUCUGGCACCACACCUUCUACAAUGAGCUCCGUGUUGCGCCGGAAGAGCACCCAGUAUUACUCACCGAGGCACCCCUCAACCCCAAGGCUAACCGUGAGAAAAUGACCCAAAUCAUGUUCGAGACCUUCAACACCCCUGCCAUGUAUGUUGCCAUCCAGGCCGUUCUCUCCUUGUAUGCCAGUGGCCGUACAACUGGUAUUGUUCUGGACUCUGGAGAUGGUGUGAGCCAUACUGUGCCCAUAUAUGAGGGGUAUGCCCUACCGCACGCCAUUCUCCGUCUUGACCUGGCAGGGCGUGACCUCACUGAUGCCUUGAUGAAGAUUCUAACGGAGCGUGGUUAUUCCUUCACUACCACAGCUGAGCGUGAAAUUGUGAGGGAUGUGAAGGAGAAGCUGGCUUAUAUUGCCCUUGACUAUGAACAAGAGCUGGAAACUGCCAAGACAAGCUCUGCUGUUGAGAAGAGCUAUGAGUUGCCCGACGGACAGGUCAUCACCAUCGGGGCUGAGCGUUUCCGAUGUCCUGAAGUCCUCUUCCAGCCAUCCAUGAUCGGAAUGGAAGCUGCGGGCAUUCACGAGACCACGUACAAUUCCAUUAUGAAGUGCGAUGUCGAUAUCAGGAAGGACUUGUACGGGAACAUUGUGCUUAGUGGUGGAUCUACCAUGUUCCCGGGAAUUGCUGACAGAAUGAGCAAGGAAAUCACUGCAUUGGCCCCCAGCAGCAUGAAGAUCAAGGUGGUUGCUCCACCGGAGAGAAAGUACAGCGUCUGGAUUGGUGGCUCCAUCUUGGCUUCUCUCAGCACUUUCCAACAGAUGUGGAUUGCAAAGGCAGAGUACGAUGAGUCUGGUCCUUCAAUUGUGCACAGGAAAUGCUUUUAAGUGGCGCU